AUGUGCGGUGGCGUUAAUAAACCGCCCAAAAUAUUUGACCACAUAUCUGGGGACGCCAAUGUUCAGCAGACAGUGGGGACGGUAGUGAUGUUGAAAGACGAGGUGUACGGUGGUGUCAAAACGCGGACAUACAUGAACUUCACUCUCGAUGAAGAUCUGAGCGAAGGGAGUGAAUUCUACAUAGAUGUCAAGUACAAUGACAAUGGUCUCUAUGACAACCACUGGGAUUUGUGCGAGGUAGAAGAGGAUGAAGAUGAGAGGGACAUUUAUUGUCCAGUCGCCAAGGGCAAAAAGACUUACAUCAGCGACAAAAAGAUACCAAACUAUUUGCCAAAGGGUCAUUACCGCACAAGCGCAAGGAUAACAAAUUCCAAAGGAGUUGACAUUUUAUGUGGAUAUGCAGACUUUGUUAUUUAAAGCUACACUUUUUAGGAUACUUUUAAUAUUUAAACAUUUAGAAUAGA